AUGAAAACCAACAGUAGCCUUUUCAGACUCCAAUAUCUUCGUCACCUAAGCCUUACUGAAUGUAAUCUCAACGGAGAGAUUCCUUCUUCACUAGGAAACCUCUCUCGUCUCACACACGUUGACCUCGGUUAUAAUAAUCUGGUUGGUGAAAUUCCUGUUUCAGUAGGCAAUCUAAAGCAGCUAAGAUACCUUAACGUUUGGGGUAACUCUCUUGGAAAAAUUCCGGCUUCAAUAGGCAAUCUAAGCCAUCUAAGAUACCUUAACCUUAAGUAUAAUCAUCUGGUAGGUGAAUUUCCGGCUUCAAUAGACAAUCUAAGUAAUCUAAGAUACCUUAGCCUUGCAGCUAACGGUCUCACUGGAGAAAUUCCGACUUCAAUAGGCAGCCUAAGCCAUAUAAGAUACCUUAGCCUCGGGGCUAACAGUCUCAGAGGAGAGAUACCUUCUUCGCUAGAAAACCUUUCUCGUCUAACGCAUGUUGACCUUGGUUCUAAUAAAUUGGUAGGUGAGAUCCCGACUUCAAUAGGCAGUCUAAGCCAUCUAGAAUACCUUAGCCUUGGGGAUAACCAUCUCAAAGGAGAUAUUCCUGCUUUAAUAGGCAAUCUAAACAACCUAAGAUACCUUGAUCUCUGGGGUAACACUCUUACAGGAGAAAUUCCGACUUCACUAGGUAAUUUAAACCAGUUAAAUAACUUCAUCCUUGCGUCUAACGAGCUCACAGGAGAAAUUCCUUCUUCAUUAGGAAACCUUUCUAGUCUCUUACUUCUGGAACUUUCGUAUAAUCGUUUGGUAGGAAAGAUUCCUUCUUCAUUAGGAAACCUUGCUCGCCUCUUAGAUCUUAGACUUUUGGCUAAUCAUUUGAUAGGUGAAGUUCCCGAUUCCAUCAGAAACCUAGACAAACUAAGAGUCAUGUCCCUUGGCAACAAUAGCUUAAGUGGCGAUAUUUCUUUUAUAUUAGCCAAUUUAACCAAACUUUCCGAGAUUAGCCUCUACUCUAAUAACUUGACAUCCACGCUUCCAUCUGACAUGAGUGGAUUCCACUACUUGGAGCGAUUUGAUGUUAGUGGAAACUCAUUUCUAGGGCCUUUCCCUAAAUCCUUGUUCUCGAUUCCUUCGUUAAUAUCGGUUCUUUUGCAAGAAAACCAAUUCACGGGACCUAUAGAGUUUGCGUAUACAUCUUCCUCAUUAUCUAAGCUAGACUUUCUAAACCUUAGUAGUAACCAAUUCCAUGGCCCAAUCCCGGAAUCCAUAUCAAAAUUUCCCAAGCUUGGACGGUUAGAUCUUAGCCACAACAAUUUCACUGGACCAAUCCCUAGAUCUAUGUCAAAGUUGGUCAGCCUCAAUUACAUCGAUCUUUCCAAUAACAUGUUGGAAGGUGAAGUACCAGGUUUCUUAUGGAGAUGCAGAAUGGUGUUGCUUUCUCACAAUUCUUUCAGCAGUUUUGAAAAUCCAUCUUCACAAGAAUUACUGAUCCAAGAGUUGCAUCUGAAUUCAAAUUCGUUUCGAGGACCAUUUCCCCUUUCCAUCUGCAAUAUUAAAGGGUUACGUUUCUUAGAUUUGUCCAACAACCUCUUCAGCGGCUGGAUUCCUCAAUGUUUAAGGAAUCUCCUAGUUUCCAUCUACGAGCUAAAUCUGGGGAGCAACAGUUUCAGUGGAACUAUUCCAGAUAUAUUUGCCAAUGCUGCCAGUUUAUCAUCAUUUGACAUUAGCCGCAACCAGCUUGAGGGAAAUCUUCCAAAUUCAUUGAUGAACUGCGAAUAUCUGGAGCUUGUGAAUGUGGAAAGCAACAGACUCAAGGGAAAAUUUCCAUCUUGGUUGGGAUCUCUGCCGUCAUUAAAUGUUCUCAUCCUCAGAUCAAACGAAUUCUAUGGGCCCUUGUGCGUGUCCAAUGGGUUUCAGAGAUUAAGGGUCAUCGACAUUUCAGAUAAUGACUUCACUGGAACUCUUCCACCGCACUAUUUUUCAAACUGGAGUGAAAUGACCACACUCACUGAAUAUAGUACUAUCGAGUACAUGUUGGUGUUUGCGAAUCUAUCUGCUCUCACUUAUCGCUCGAUGGAAUUGGUGAAUAAAGGAGUCGAUAUGAGGUUUGAGAGGAUCCGACGAGACUUUAGAGCCAUUGACUUUUCUGGAAAUAGAAUUUCUGGCAAAAUCCCUGAAUCUAUCGGCUCGCUGAAGGAAUUACGUCUUCUCAACUUGUCACGUAACGCAUUCACAGGCAAUAUCCCACGGAUCUUGGCAAAACUGACGAAGCUCGAGACAUUAGACCUCUCUAGUAACAAGCUGUCAGGUCAAAUCCCUCAAGAACUUGGUGAACUCUCCUUUCUUUCAUCCAUGAACUUCUCCCAUAACCUUCUCCAUGGUCUAGUGCCACGUGGCACGCAGUUUCAAAGGCAAAAUUGCUCUUCGUUCCUGGACAACCCUAGGCUUUACGGUCUUGAAGAUAUCUGUGGAAAACGCCAUGUCCCAAAGCCUACACCACAGCAACAACCUGAGGAAGAGUCAGAGUCGGAGGAACCGAUGUUCAACUGGAUAGCAGCUGCAAUAGCCUAUGUACCUGGUAUAUUUUGCGGGUUGGUGAUCGGACAUAUCUUCACUUCACACUAUUAUGAGUGGUUUCACUGA